UAUCUGUAUUAGAUGUUAUUCAGAAUGCAACAAUUUUAACAACUUCGUUCUCUAAUAAUUUAAUCCACUGCGCUCCUAAGAUUCUACUUUCCUAUUUAAGUUAAGCACCAAGCUCAUCAAACUCAUAGUUGUCUUUCCCACUCUUUGAGAUUAAUUAUACAUCCUUCAACAUGUCUACUAUCGAAUCUCUGCUCUCGCAGCUCAAGGAAGCUGCGAGAACAGCAGACUUGUCAGUCCGCUUUCAACUCAGUGAACAGCUUCUUGCCCUUUCACGUUCCGUCGCUACGCCGAGACAAAUUUUACAGUAUCAUGGCUAUUUGUAUAGUGAGCAUGUAACGGCCAAGAUUGCCGUUGACCUUGAUCUCUUCACCAUUCUUGCAGAAAACAACGGUCCUUUGAAUACAGAAGAUGUAUCCAAAAAAUGCGGUGGAGAUCUUACACUGAUUGGUUUGCAAAAAUAUCAACUCAGGAUUACUAAAGCUAACUCCCGUCAGAUCGUAUCUUAAAACAUCUUGCUUCAACCUAUACAAUUACACAAGUAGGAGAAUCAAGCUUUGCCGCCAAUGAGACCACUCAUCUACUGGCUUCUCCUGCAGGUAAAGGAAAUAUCAUGUUUGGUUUCAACAUCCUCAACAAAGCAUUCCAGGAGUUACCAGACUUUUUAAAAGAGAAUGGAUAUAAGAGCCCUGAGAAUCCUCUUGAAACUGCCUUCAACCGAGCUUUUAAUACGAAGGAACAAUUUUUCCCCUACAUUCAACAGAUUCCGGACAUUAUGCGAGACUUUUAUCCGUCUCUUACUGCAUUCAAAAGCCCCGUUCCAUGGACAUCUGUCUUUCCUUUGGCCGAAAAGCUGCGGGAAGCGGAUAAGAACGUACCUCUCUUUGUCGACAUUGGUGGUGGACACGGUUAUCAGUGUGAUGCCUUUCGCAAGGCAAUUGCUGAGUAUGAUUUUUCUGGCCGCGUGAUCAACCAAGACCUUCCAGGAACAUUAGCUUCAGCUCCAAAACACGACAAUGUCGAGAUGAUGGCUCAGAACUUUAAUGAAAAGCAACAAGUUCAAGGUUAGUGUUCUCGAAAGCAAAAUAACCCGUGAACCCCUACUGAGUCCCCCUAGGUGCAAACAUAUAUUAUAUCCGGCAAUGUCUUCAUGAUUUUCCAGACAAGGAAGCAAAGCAAGUUUUACAAAAUAUUCGCGAUGCUAUGUCUCCGAAGUCUCUUUUGUUGAUCGACGAAAUGGUCAUUCCAAACAUAGGUGCAUCUCCAUUUUCAAUGCAAUUGGAUUUUACAAUGAUGGCUUUUCUCAGCUCGGCUGAGCGAACGUUAUCACAUUGGCGGAAGCUACUGGAAGAGGUAGGGCUUCAGCUCAUUCAAGUGUACAAAUAUGACACGGAGUUAGAAUAUAGUAUUCUUGAAGCUGUAAAGGUCGAUGUAUAAAUUCAGGUAUAAAGCGGGUUGGUGAAUAAAUUACAGAAGAACCUGAGUUGAUACGAGGGCAUUUUUUACAAAGAGUUUGGUAGUUUGUGAGGUUGAAAAUAUUAAAAAUCGGCUAGCUCUCCAUUGCCCGUCGAUUUCAUCAUCUAACGGAGACCGGGUCAACUAGAUCCAGCAGAUAAAACCGCGAAAGUUUACAUAGUUAGGACUGAUUAUCUAAUAUUGAUCCCAUAUGAUACUAGAUUCUAGCAGUGUAACGAUAAUGUUAGAAUGAGUACAAAAGCAAGAUGAGU